CCAAAGGGAUCAAAACAGAAGUCUCCUAUAAUCUGUUGGAUCUGUGUUUGGUUUGGAGGGACGAUCUUCCGGCCGGCGCUAUCUCCCAAUUCAACUGCUGCCUGCCAGCCAGCCAGCCAGCCGAGGGAGGGUCACACCUAGUUCAGUUUCAUGGAAUCACCUGCCGUUGGAUUGAGGUCUACUUCAGUUGUUGUUCUUACGCUUGUUACCAAUGAGGUUUAUAUCGUUUCUACCUUGUCUUCUACCAAAGACACUCAGGUCAUUUAUAUCGAUCCCACUACCGGAUCUCUUAUGCAUCACCGCAAGCUCGGUUAUGAUGUUUUCAACUCCCAAGACCAGGCCUUAAACUACAUCACUAAUGGUUCGAGGUCUGCUUGUAAAACCGUCAUUUAUGCCAGAGCCAUAUUAGGCUAUGCUGUCCUUGGGAGCUCUGCCUUGCUGCUCAUUGCAACUAAGCUGACUCCCAGCAUUCCUAAUUUGCCCGGUGACGGUUGUGUAUACACUGUUACUGAGAGCCAAUGGGUCAAAGUCUCACUUCAAAACCCUCAAACCCAGGGGAAAGGAGAAUUAAAGAACAUUCAAGAACUGGCUGAACUUGAUAUUGAUGGAAAACACUACUUUUGUGAAACAAGGGACAUUACUCGCCCCUUUCCUAGUCACUCCUCUGUAACCAACCCUGAUGAGGAAUUUGUUUGGAAUCGUUGGUUCUCAAAUCCCUUCAAGACUAUCGGUCUGGAGCACCACUGUGUCAUUUUACUGCAGGGUUUUGUAGAGUGUCGAAGUUUUGGAAGCUUAGGUCAGCAAGAAGGAAUUGUUGCUCUUAUUGCUCGUCGAAGCAGGCUUCAUCCUGGCACUAGAUACUUAGCAAGAGGCAUUAAUUCAUGCUACAGCACAGGUAAUGAAGUUGAGUGUGAGCAACUUGUAUGGGUUCCCAAAAGGGUGGGUCAAAGUGUGCCUUUCAAUACCUAUAUAUGGAGACGAGGAACUAUUCCCAUCUGGUGGGGCGCAGAACUAAAGAUCACUGCUGCAGAAGCAGAAAUUUAUGUUUCCGACCGUGAUCCAUAUAGAGGAAGCACAGAGUAUUACCAGAGAUUAUCUAAGAGAUAUGAUAGACGAAAUAUAGAUGUAGUUGCUACAAACCAAAAGAAAAGUCCUAUGGUUCCAAUUGUGUGCAUUAACCUGUUACGGAAUGGGGAAGGGAAAUCCGAGUCCAUUUUAGUUCAUCAUUUUGAGGAAUCUAUGAAUCACAUCCGAUCAACAGGGAAACUUCCUAACACUAGAGUUCAUUUAAUAAACUAUGAUUGGCAUGCCAAUAUUAAAUUAAAAGGUGAACAAAGAACCAUCGAAGGACUGUGGUACCUUCUAAAAGCACCGACCAUAUCUAUAGGCAUUUCUGAAGGAGAUUAUCUUCCCUCCCGUCAGAGAAUGAAGGACUGUCAAGGUGAAAUAAUAUAUAGUGAAGACCUUGUUGGUGCGUUCUGCAUACGUUUACAUCAACAUGGAGUCAUACGCUUCAAUUGUGCUGAUUCUUUGGAUCGGACAAAUGCUGCUAGUUAUUUUGGGGCUCUUCAAGUUUUCACAGAGCAGUGUAGGCGGCUUGGAAUAUCCCUUGAUAGUGACUUGGCCAUUGGCUAUCAGUCAGCUAAUAACUAUGGGGGAUAUACUGCCCCUCUGCCACCAGGAUGGGAAAAAAGAUCUGAUGCUGUAACUGGAAAAUCAUAUUAUAUUGAUCACAAUACUAGGACUACAACCUGGAACCAUCCAUGUCCAGAUAAACCCUGGAAGCGUUUUGACAUGACGUUUGAGGAGUUUAAAAGGUCUACAAUAUUGUCACCAGUAUGUCAACUUGCUGAUCUCUUUCUGAUAGCUGGUGAUAUUCAUGCAACAAUCUACACUGGAUCUAAAGCAAUGCACAGUCAAAUUCUAAGCAUAUUUAGUGAGGAAGCAGGAAAGUUCAAACAAUUUUCUGUGGCACAAAAUAUGAAAAUAACUCUGCAGAGAAGAUAUAAAAACGCAGUUGUGGAUAGCUCUCGUCAGAAGCAGUUAGAGAUGUUCCUUGGUAUACGGCUUUUUAAGCAUCUUCCAUCACUUCCAGUCCAAUCCUUAUAUGUGUCUAGUAGACCAUUCGGUUGUCUGCUUAAGCAGGUUGCUAGCAUUUUGCCAAGUUCUGAUGAUGGAGGCAGUCUUCUUAGCUUUAAGCAAAAAGAACUCAUCUGGGUUUCCCCGCAGUCGGCAGAUGUUAUGGAACUUUUUGUACAUCUUGGUGAGCCCUGCCAUGUUUGUCAGCUUCUUCUCACAAUUGCACAUGGUGCGGAUAGUUCAACAUUUCCGUCUAGAGUUGACGUGAGAACUGGACGUGAUCUAGAUAGGCUUAAACUUGUUGUGGAGGGAGCAUCUAUUCCUCAGUGUGCGAAUGGCACAAACAUUGCGAUACCUAUACCAGGACCUACUAGUGCUGAGGAUAUGGCUGUUACAGGAGCUGGUGCACGCCUACAUGCCCAAGAUACUACAAAUCUUUCACUUUUGUAUGAUUUUGAAGAACUGGAAGGUGAACUAGACUUUCUUAGUCGUGUGGUUGUACUCACCUUCUAUCCCGCUGUGUCAGCAAGAACUCCAAUCACUCUCGGCGAGGUAGAGAUACUUGGAAUUUCUCUUCCAUGGAGAGACUUUUUUACCUCUGAUGGCCCUGGGAUGAGGUUAUGGGAGCAUAUUGAUAAAGUCAAAAACGACACCAACCUUUUUUCAUCUGAGGUAAACAGCAACCCUUUUGCAGCGGCUCUUAUCGGUGAUGUGUUGCCAUCUGCAAAAUCCAAAAUUUCCACCAGCACCGUGGUUGACCUCUUAUCAGGUGAUGGCAUUAUAUCAGGAUCGAUUUCACAACCUGUGCAAGAAACUGCUUUACAUGAUCCAUUUCUCAACCCAUUUCAUGAUCAUGAUGAAGUCGACGACAUUCCUAAAGUUUCAGCUCAAGAUAAAGUGUCAACCGAAACUGGUCCUCAGCAGUAUCUAAACUAUUUCAAGAGGUUGACUGCCUCAAAUGUGGCUAACAAUUUAGGCUUUGUAGAAGCCAUGAAACUAGAAAUCGAACGUCUGCGCCUAAAUCUUUCUGCUGCUGAACGUGACAGAGCUUUGUUGUCUAUUGGCAUCGAUCCAGCUACUAUUAAUCCCAAUAUAUUGCUUGAAGAAUCUUACAUUGGUUCAUUAUGUAAAGCUGCAAAUGCCCUUGCACUUCUUGGUCACACUUACUUAGAAGAUAAGAGUAUUGGUUCUAUUGGUCUUGGAUCAACUGAUGAUGAUAAUGACAUUGAUUUCUGGAAUAUUAAUAAAAUUGGUGAAGGUUGCUGUGGUGCCUCAUGUCAGGUUCGUGCUGAAGCUUUAACAUCAACAUCUUCUUCGAUAUUCAUGUUCACGUGCUCUGAGUGUCGACGCAAGGUUUGCAAAGUUUGUUGUGCUGGUAAGGGAGCUCUGCUUCUUGGAAGUUAUAGCGACUCUUUAGGUCAUUCUGUGACGAUGGAUGGGGUCAUCUGUAAGUUGUGCUGCCAUGAUACUGUUCUUGAUGCACUCAUCCUGGACUAUGUUAGGGUUUUAGUCAGCCAUCGAAGAAGUAGUCGAUUUGACCUGGCUGCAUUUAGAGCCUUAGACCAAGUGGUAGGAAGGGACCAUCUUACCAGAAGAAUUAUGAAGUCUGACACAUAUGUAACUGAAUUUCCGUUACUCAAGGGACAAGAAUCGUUAGCUGAAUUUCCGUUUGGUAGCAUUUUACACUCGAUUGAAUCAGCUCCAGGUUCACCUCCGCUCUUGUCGUUGCUUGCACCUUUGGAUUCUUUAUCACAACAGCCAUACUGGAAAGCUCCACCCAGUAUCUCUUCCGUUGAGUUUGUAAUUGUUCUCGGAAGGCUUUCCAGUGUCUCCAGUGUUGUCCUUUUUGUUAGUCCCUGUGGUUAUUCUGUAUCCGAUUCCCCUACUGUGCAGAUAUGGGCAAGCAAUAAUAUUCACAAGGAAGAAAGAACAUUUAUGGGAAAAUGGGAGGUUCAAUCAUUCAUCACAACUUCCCCUGAGCUUUGUGGGCCUGAAAAACCUGGUAAUCCAAGGCACAUCAACUUUUCUUUUCGGAAUCCUGUUCGUUGUCGCAUGAUCUGGAUUAAAUUAAGUAUCCAGAAAGCUGGCUCAAGCUCUCUAAAUCUUGACAAUGAUUUCGAUCUUCUAUCCUUGGAUGAUAACCCGUUUUCCAGGCGUUCAUCUUUAGGAGGGCCACUGGAAAGUGAUCCAUGUUUGCAUGCAAAAAGAAUUGUUGUAAUUGGAAGUCCCGUGAAAAUAGAUGUGUCACCACAAAGCUCCGACCAGAUUAGCAUUAGAAGCUGGCUCGACAAACCUCCUUCCCUCAACAGAUUCAAGGUUCCAGUUGAGGCUGAGAGGCUGAUUGACAAUGACCUGGUGUUGGAACAAUAUCUAUCUCCAGCUUCACCAACGUUGGCUGGAUUCCGACUUGAUGGAUUUAGUGCAAUAAAACCUCGAGUUGCACACUCUCCUUCUGAUUUGAUUACCUCAUCAGUUAUUUGGGAAGAAAAAUUCAUGUCUGUAGCAGUCCUGUACAUUCAAGUAUCCACUUUACAGGACAAUCACAACAUGGUGGUUGUAGCAGAAUACCGUUUACCAGAGGUGAGGGCUGGGACACCAAUGUACUUCGAUUUUCCUAGACCGUUGACAUCUCGACGAGUCUCUUUUAGACUACUUGGAGACGUUACAUCAUUUGCAGAUGAUCCGGCAGAUCAGGAUGAUUCGGAUCUUCAUGGCCGUCCUUUGGCUACGGGUCUCUCUUUAUCAAACCGAAUUAAACUAUAUUAUUAUGCUGAUCCUUAUGAGCUUGGGAAAUGGGCCAGUCUUUCUGCCGUUUAGAUGGACGUGAUUUUGUAGUAUCAUUUUUUGUUGUAAUCAUGUGUUGAUUUUCAUCUUGUUUAUCUCUCUUUAAUUUUUAGUUUUCUGCUUGUUGAGUGGGUUGUAGUAGCUCGGAGUUUGAACUGCACAUGUGGAGUUUCUAGUUGGAGAUGUGAUUGGUUUUGUUCUUGAAUAUGUAUAUUUGAGAAUUGCUUAAUUUACUGUAAAUGCAAUUUUCAUGGAGUAUCAUAGAAGUAAUUACUCCAUUCAUAUUAUAAUUUU